AUGAGAGUUUGUUAUGGGUGUGGUCAAGCUAGACAUAUUAGGAAGGAUUGCUCGAUGGCUCAUCAAUCACAAGAUUCUGCUAGCGACUCCACCCAGCCAGCUUUCUCUGCUCUUUCAGUAGCUGCCUCAUCUGAUCGGGAGGCUAGUGGAUCAAAAGGUAGAGGUGUUGUUACUUCCUUUCAAGGCAGGCCUUCCGGGUCUGGACGUCAGAGUUUCGCCAGUAGGGGUCAAGCAAGGGAUGGGGUACAAGUCAAUCCAAAGAAAGUUGAGGCAGUAGAGAAGUGGCCAAGGCCGACCUUAGUUACGGAGAUUAGAAGCUUUUUGGGUUUGGCUGGCUAUUAUCGUCAUUUUGUUCAAGACUUCUCAAAAAUAGUCACCCCUCUGACUAAGAUAACACGUAAGGAUAUAAAGUUUGAGUGGUCAGAUGCUUGUGAGAAUAGCUUUGAGAAGCUUAAGGCAUGUCUCACCACAGCUCCAGUAUUAAGCCUACCACAAGGUAAGGCAAAUGUAGUAGUGGAUGCCUUGAGUCAAAAAUCGGUGGGAAGCUUGGCACAUAUCUCCACAGAUAGGAGAUUCUUGAUUAGGGAGAUGCAUAACCUUGGGGUCAAAUGGGAUCGAUAUCUACCCUUAGUAGAGUUUGCCUAUAAUAACAGUUUCCAAGUUAGCAUCCAGAUGGCACCAUUUGAAGCAUUAUAUGGACGGAGAUGUAGAUCACCCAUUAGAUGGCUAGAAGUGGGAGAAAGGAAACUUUUAGGGCUUGAAUUGGUGCAAGACGCCAUCGAAAAAAUACAUAUGAUUCGGUAG